CUCCAAAACCAACAACUUCCAAUCAUGUCUGACGAUUUCGACAAGGCCGCCGCUGAGGUCAAGAACCUUGCUACCUCCCCCAGCAACGACGAGCUCCUCCAGCUCUACUCGCUCUUCAAGCAGGGCACCGUCGGCGACGUCAACACUGCUCGCCCCGGCAUGUUCGACCUGACUGGCAAGGCCAAGUGGGACGCUUGGGAAAAGCUCAAGGGCACCUCCCAGGCUGAUGCCAAGACCCGCUACAUUGCGCUCGUCUCCACACUCAAGGAGAAGUACGGCACCAAGUAAAAGCGGACAAGUCGUUUUCAAUUUCUUUUGGUUGCUAGCGCAUGGUCGAGAUUUUUUUUGGUCAUGUCUCUGUGUGUUGUUUUGUUUUGUUGCCUUUUGUGCUAUUGUGAAGAACAACAAAUAGACAACCCAGUUUGCCACCCA